AUGACCACUGUAUCCGAGAAGUAUCAGCCGACCGGCAAGGAGGUCCCAUUUGGGGGAGGCCGCUUUCUUCUCAGCCACCGCCUCGGCAACGGCUCCUUCGGCGACAUAUUCGAAGGCUACGACAAGAAGAGCCACCGCAUCGUCGCGGUGAAGCUGGAGCGCAAGAAGGCACGCUACCCGCAGCUUUCCUACGAGAGCAAGGUGUACCGCGUGCUGCAUCAGCCCCCGGUGGGGCAGAAUGAAGUGAACCCAAAGCAACUUUUCGCGGAGGGCGGCAGCAACAAUACCUCAUCCAACCUGCCACAGAGCGUCAGCGCCAUCGCGCAGCAGCAGCGCAAGUCAUUAGAGGCCAGCAUCGUUGUCGGCAUCCCGCAAAUCUACUACUUCGACAGCGAGGGCGACUACAACAUCAUGGUGAUGGAGAUGUGCGGCCCCUCGCUGGAGGACGUCUUCAACUACUGUCACCGUCGCUUCUCUCUCAAGACGGUCCUCAUGCUUGCUGAUCAGCUGCUGCAACGAAUUCAGUACUUUCACGAAAAAGGCUUCGUGCACCGCGACAUCAAGCCGGAAAACUUCGUGUUCGGCUGCCGGUCCAAGGCGCACAUCCUCUACAUCAUCGACUACGGACUUUCCAAGCUGUACUGGGAAGUGAAGAAGAACAGUCACAUCCCCUUUGCGGAGGGCCGCCCGCUGACCGGGACGGCGCGCUACUGCAGCACCAAUGUGCACCGCGGCUUCGAGCAGAGCCGCCGCGACGACCUCGAGUCCAUCGGCUUUCUCCUCAUCUACUUUCUGCGAGGCAACCUGCCCUGGCAAGGGAUCCAGGCGAAGGACCAGCAGAUCAAAUCCAUCAAGAUCGGGGAGACCAAGAUGGCCACGCCGCUGGAGGAACUGUGCAAGGGGAUGCCGAAGGAGUUUCUCAACUACUGCCAGUACUGCCGUUCCCUGUCCUUCACACAGAAGCCGGACUACGACAGCCUGCGGCGCCUGUUCCGCGAUCUAGGCAAGCGGCUCGGGCUGACACUGCCCGCGCGCGAUUUGCCUAGUGCCAACUUCUGCGCAACAAACCGCACUGGCGCGAAACCGUCCAACCCGCUCGCGGUGCCUGCCAUGUUGUCCACCGAUAUCACAUCCCAGACCGAUUCGCGGCUGCUGAGUGUGAUGAGUGAGUCUACGGUGAACAGCCGGCGCAGCCAUCCGCUCCAGACCCCCAGCACCGUCGCAGCGCAGGUCCUGCCGACUCUCGAGGACAUCGAUCCGAUGCGCGGCCCGUAUGACUGGUGCUUCGACUGGUUCUGUAAGCGGCAGAUGGAGGUCAAGAGGGGGAUGGAGGAGCAGUCGCGGCAGCAGCGGCUGGAAACGCAGAUGUCGGCUAUCGCGUCUCGCCACAGCGAGCUGCGCCUCGAGGACGUCUCCGACGUAAUGAACGGAUCGAUGCAGCGGGACAAGAGCAGUGCCUUUGGCAGCAAGCGUCCUACGUUCAGGAGUCCAUUGCAGCCGGAUCACCUGCGUAUGUAG